AUGGGCAUAACACCUCCUUGUUCCAUGGCUUAUAUCGCAGACGAAAACAAUGAAUCCAGCCAGGUCCUCUCUAAUUCCGUAUUCUUCUCCUCCCAACCAAGCCUCCCCUCCCUUAAUUUCCGCGACCACCUCCCACCCCCAUCCCUCCAUCAAUGCAUCACCACCUUAAAAGGCCACUCCUCCUACAUCUCAUCUCUCACCGUCCACGACAAGUCCCUCUACAGCGGCUCCUCCGACCAAGACAUCAGACUAUGGACCUCCAUCCCCUCAGACCCACCGUCCCACCAAAGUAUUCCUCCAAGUUUCAUCGUCGCCGCCACCAAAAGCCCAGUAAAAUCCUUAGCGAUCUCAGGUGACAAUCUAUUUAGCUCCCACCAAGACCAUAAGAUCCGUGUAUGGCAAAUUAACCACCACCAAGAGCACCCCCGUUACAAGCUCCGUGCCGUACUGCCGACUCCCAAGGACCGCUUCCUAAGCCUCCUCUUGCCCAGGAACUACGUUCAAGUCCGCCGCCACAAGAAAUGCACCUGGGUGCACCACGUCGACGCCAUCUCCGGCCUGGCUCUCUCCCACGACGGCGCCCUCCUCUACUCCGUCUCGUGGGACCGCACCCUUAAAGUCUGGCGCACCUCCGAUUUUAAGUGCAUGGAGUCCCUCGCCGCUGCCCACCACGACGCCAUCAAUGCGAUAACCGUGUCGUGGGACGGCUACAUCUACACCGGCUCGGCCGAUACUACGAUCAAGGCGUGGAGGCGGCACGCCGAGGAGAAGAAGCAUUCACUAGUAGCAACAUUGAAGCGGCACAAAUCGGCGGUGAACGCGCUGGCUUUGAGCGCCGAUGGGUCGGUUCUGUACUCAGGGGCGUGCGAUCGGUCGGUCGUGGUUUGGGAAGGCGGUGGUGGGCUCAUGGCGGCGACCGGUGCACUCAGAGGCCACACGAGGGCGAUCUUGAGCUUGGCCGCGACGGCGGAGUUGGUGUGCAGCGGCUCCGCCGAUGGAACGGUGAGGGUGUGGAGGAGAGGGGAGGAUAAGCGGUACUCAUGUUUGUCUGUGUUGGAAGGGCAUGGAAGACCCGUCAAGAGCUUGGCAAUGGUGGGGGUUGAGAGCCAUAUUGAAAGCAACAGUUCAUAUCUGGUUUUUAGUGGGGGCAUGGACUGCGAUAUAAAGGUGUGGAAACUUUUGGUCCCUCCUUUGGAGGGAAUUAUGUGA